GCUCGCGGCUCUGGGGGCUCGGCUCGGCCGCGGCUCCGUGCACUUGGGCGCGAGCUGGAACGUGGAACGGAGCUCCGGUCCCCCGCGCAGCCACCGCGAUGAGAGGCGCUCGCGGCGCCUGGGAUCUGCUCGGCGUCCUGCUCCUGCUGCUCCGCGUCCAGACAGGCUCUCCACAACCAUCUGUGAGUCCACAGGAACCAUCUCCUCCAUCCAUCCAGCCAGCGCAAUCAGAGUUAAUAGUUGGUGUUGGUGACGAGAUUCGGCUGCUCUGCACCGAUCCUGGAUUUGUCAAGUGGACUUUUGCAUCCCUGGAUGUGCUGAAUGAGAAUACUCAGAGUGAAUGGCUUAUAGACAGCGCUGAGGCCCCCAAUACGGGCAAUUACACCUGCAUCAAUGAAGCUGGCCUUAGCAGCUCUAUUUAUGUGUUUGUGAAAGAUCCUGACAAGCUCUUCAUCAAAUCUGACCGCCCAUUGUUUGGCAAAGAAGAUGAGGACACGCUGGUCCUUUGUCUGCCGACCAACCCAGAGGUGACUGACUUCUCGCUCACAGGCUGCUCGGGGCAGUCCCUUCCUAACAACUUGAAGUUUGUGGCCAACCCCAAGGCGGGCAUCACCAUUCACAACGUGAAGCGGGAGUACGAUCGGCUCUGCCUGCACUGCUCUGCCAUCCACGAGGGCAAAAAAGUGCUCUCCCCAAAAUUCACCCUGAAAGUGAGGGCAGCCAUCAAAGCUGUGCCCAUUGUGACUGUCUCCAAACCAAGCCAACUUCUUCGGGAAGGGGAAGAAUUUACAGUGACUUGCUGGAUACAGGAUGUGUCUAGUUUCGUGGAAUCAAUGUGGAUAAAGAACAGUCAGCAGACGAAAGCACAGGUACAGAGUAAUAGCUGGCACCAGGACAACUUCAAAUUUGUACGUCAGGAAAAGUUGACUAUCAGCUCAGCAAGAGUUAAUGAUUCUGGAGUGUUCAUGUGUUAUGCCAAUAAUACUUUUGGAUCCGCAAAUGUCACAACAACCUUGGAAGUCGUAGAUAAAGGAUUCAUUAAUAUCUUCCCCAUGAUGAACACCACCGUGUUUGUAAACAAUGGCGAAAAUGUCGAUCUGAUUGUUGAAUAUGAAUCCUACCCCAAACCUGAGCACCGGCAGUGGCUGUACAUGAACAGAACCUUCGCCGACAAGUCGGAUGGUUACCCCAAGUCAGAGAACGACAGUAAUAUCCGAUAUGUCAAUGAACUUCACCUAACCAGAUUAAAAGCCACCGAAGGAGGCACGUACACGUUUCUCGUGUCCAAUGCCGAAGUUGUUUCUUCCGUGACAUUUAACGUCUAUGUGAACACCAAACCAAGCAUCCGGAAGCACGAGCAGCUGAACAGCGUGUUCCUGUGCGAGGCAGAAGGCUUCCCAGAGCCCACCAUCGAUUGGUACUUUUGUCCCCUAUCUGAGCAGAGAUGCGCUGCUCCCACGGGGUUCGUGGACGUGAAGAUCCAAAACUCAUCCAUGUCACCGUUUGGAAUGCUUGUGGUUCAGAGUUCCAUCGACUUCAGCGCCUUCAAGCACAAUGGCACAGUAGAGUGUAGGGCUCACAACGAUGUGGGGGAGAGCGCUGCCUCUUUUAACUUUGCACUUAAAGGUAACAACAAAGAAGAAAUCCAUCCCCACACCCUGUUCACGCCUCUGCUGAUUGGUUUUGUGGUUGCGGCCGGAAUAAUGUGCAUCAUUGUGAUGAUUCUUACCUACAAAUAUUUGCAGAAACCGAUGUAUGAAGUCCAGUGGAAGGUUGUGGAGGAGAUCAAUGGAAACAAUUAUGUUUACAUAGACCCAACGCAGCUUCCUUAUGAUCACAAAUGGGAGUUUCCCAGAAACAGGCUGAGUUUUGGGAAAACCUUGGGUGCCGGAGCCUUUGGGAAGGUGGUCGAGGCCACUGCAUAUGGCCUGAUUAAAUCUGAUGCAGCCAUGACUGUCGCAGUGAAGAUGCUCAAACCAAGUGCCCACCUAACUGAACGAGAAGCCCUCAUGUCAGAACUCAAAGUCUUGAGCUACCUGGGAAAUCACAUGAACAUUGUCAAUCUCCUUGGCGCAUGCACCAUCGGAGGUCCCACCUUGGUCAUUACAGAAUACUGUUGCUAUGGUGAUCUUUUGAAUUUUCUGAGAAGAAAACGCGAUUCAUUUAUUUGCUCUAAGCAGGAAGAUCACGCAGACGCCGCACUUUAUAAGAACCUUCUGCAUUCAAAGGAGCCUUCCUGCAAUGACAGUACUAAUGAAUACAUGGACAUGAAACCCGGAGUUUCUUAUGUUGUCCCAACUAAGACUGACAAAAGGAGAUCUGCACGAAUAGGCUCCUACAUCGAGAGAGAGGUGGGGCCUGCAGUCUUGGAAGACGAUGAGCUGGCCCUGGACCUGGAAGACUUGCUAAGCUUUUCUUACCAAGUGGCAAAGGGCAUGGCGUUCCUUGCCUCAAAGAAUUGUAUUCACAGAGACUUGGCAGCCAGAAAUAUCCUUCUUACUCACGGUCGAAUCACGAAGAUUUGUGAUUUUGGUCUAGCUAGAGACAUCAAGAAUGAUUCUAAUUAUGUGGUCAAAGGAAACGCUCGGCUGCCUGUGAAGUGGAUGGCACCCGAAAGCAUUUUCAACUGUGUGUACACGUUUGAAAGUGAUGUCUGGUCCUAUGGGAUUUUUCUGUGGGAGCUGUUCUCUUUAGGGAGCAGCCCCUACCCAGGAAUGCCUGUGGAUUCUAAGUUCUACAAGAUGAUCAAAGAAGGUUUCCGAAUGCUGAGCCCCGAGCAUGCACCUGCUGAAAUGUACGAUAUAAUGAAGACUUGCUGGGAUGCCGACCCCCUCAAGAGGCCCACCUUCAAGCAGAUCGUUCAGCUCAUUGAGAAGCAGAUUUCAGACAGCACCAACCAUAUCUACUCCAACCUGUCGAGCAGCACCCCCAACCCCGAGAGGGCGGUGGUGGACCAUUCGGUGCGGAUCAAUUCCGUGGGAAGCAGCGCCUCUUCUACCCAGCCUCUGCUUGUGCACGAAGACGUGUGAAAGGAGCGAGCACUUGGGGGCCAGGGGGCAUCUCUGCACACCAGGAAGUGCCCCACCCCCCCUUCUUUUGCAUUCUGUAAUGAUUGUUAUGUUUUCCUUCAACUUGCAUCCUGCUCCCAGGUAGUGGACACCCAGGGUCCUCAGUCUUGGACAAGCACUUUUGAGUGACCUUUUUUAUUUCCACUUCUUUUGUGUUUUGUCAUUCGCCGCCCUCUUGUUGCAAGAGCCGAACUGCCUACAUUCCCGCUUGCCAAGUAGCCCUGCUGAAGGGACAAGUAGAUGACUUGGAGAAGGGGAAG